CAGCGAACAAACAAAACAUGGAAAGAAAAAACAGAGCAUUUCCAGAUGAGAAGAAGCAGAAGCGAGAGAAAAAGUGGCGGCAACAAGAGAAAAGAAGAUGAGAGAAUGAUGAGGAGCAGGGAUAACAGAAGGAGGGAUCUGCAAAAUCUUAGUCGAAGCUGCACUGUACCUCGUUCUCGCCGUCCAUCGCGCGUCUCUUUUGCCGUCAGCUCAGACCUGCCGCCGCGCCACCUCCCCGCCUCAUCUGAUUCAGCUUCCCAUAUCCGUAUUCCGCCCCCGUUGUUCUGCCAAGGAGCCGCUCCCACAGUCGAAAGAGAAGCUUGGCUUGGUAACUGGGUUUAAUUUGUCGACACGGAACUAUGAAAGAGAAGGCAGAUUACUC